AUGUUAGUACCUGAAUGUUGCCACAGCCCCGAAGCCUUAUCUCACGACUUUCUUGGGAGGUCUAGUGUGGACUUUUCAAAGCACCGCCUAUUAUCUACGGUGUUUCCUUUACUAAGUACGGUGUUUAAUGGCAGUGACCAUAGAGCCAGCCAUGAGGGACACAGAAGUAACAUUUCAGAUGUGCUGUACCCUCCCUCUGCUCCCCGUGCCUCCAGCAUAGGCACCCACAGUAUCACUCUGACGUGGGAGUCCUCCAACUCUUCCUCUGUGGUGUACAUCCCUCAGUGGACCAGACCAGGCCAGUCAGAGGGCUGGUUGGACAGAGAGAAUGUUUCGGAGACAGCGUACAUGGUGACCGACCUACUGCCAUACACACACUACAGGUUCAGGGUCUGGGCUGUGACGCAAGGACAGCUCGCCUGUUCCCCAGAGAGUCCCACUUAUCGCACCCAAGCAUCUGGAGCUCCAUCCAGCCCACCUUUGAUUGACGGUGCUGAGAGCGUGUCAGGGGAGAGUGUGGAGGUCAGCUGGUCUGCUCCAGCCAAUCCGGGGGGCCCAAUCGUAGGGUAUGAUCUCAGUCUCAUCAGUGACAGGAAGAAUAUCAGCCAGACGGCAGGAGGGAACGUCUACUUCAUGUCCGUGUUUCCCACACUACCCAACACCACAUACAGGGUUACCAUAGCAGCGGUGAAUAGAGAGGGACGGGGUCCUGCUGCCGAGACGAUCGUGACCACACCUGCCCGAGAAGGGAUCGCUGUGCAUCACAGUUCCAGCCAGGUGUACUUUUCUGAGGGGUCUCACAUUUGGGCUAAAGGGGCGAGGAAUUUGAUGGACACCUCUGAUCUCCGCCUCUUCCACUCCGGCCCUCUUGAAGUCAUUGCCUUGUCGAUAGACUGGCUCUACAAGAAGAUGUACUUUGUUUCUGGUGGAAAGGUCUAUUCCUGCAGAUUGGAUGACUGCUCCAGUCCGCUGGACGUCACCCCCGCCGUCUCUGAGGCCCCUUCGAGAGUCAUCGCAGACCCUUAUAACGGAUACCUCUUCCUGCUGUUGCAUGAUGGGAUACACCGUGCAACCCUCCCAGAGUUCCCGGGGCAGAGCGAUGACAUCACGCUGGUCCUGAGGAGGAGAGCGGUGCAUGACUUUGCGGUCAGCUUUGCCAAUAAGAGGCUGCUGUACUUCGAUGAAGACGACGGGACGAUUUCGGCCGUCCUCCUCGACGGUUCCUCCCCCGUCACCCUGCGGGAGCAGCUCGGCGCGGUUCACAGGGUUCAGAGCCUGGCGUGCGAGGACGACCGCUUCGUGCUCACCGACGGGAGGGUGGUGUUUCACGAGGUUCAGGUGGGCGACCUGACCUCCUUCAACGAGUUCCUGAUGGACUGCCACAUCGACCAUCCCAGCUACUUCGGGUUCGAUAACCUGCACUUCUCCAGCCCCUCCACCCAGCCAUACCCGUUACCCAGAAUGCCGCGGGAGGUCCAGGCCCUGUUUGGAUCGGACGCAGUAACCGUUAAGUGGCAGAGGCCUGCUCUGAUAAUGGGAGCAAGCCCGGCCGCCUGGCAGAACUGGACUUACGCAGUGAGAAUAUCGGCUCCGAAUGGCUCCGUGAUCCAGGAGCUCAGCGCCAUCACUGACACGCAGGUGACAGUGACGGGACUGCGGAGCAGCUGUCAGCACACGGUGACUGUGUGGGCGGAGUCUCCAGGGGGACAGGGUGCCCCCAGCUGGCCGUUCGAGGGAACAACACUGGAGCAUGAUAUUGAUUGGUACAACAGCACCGUCUACUGGACCAAUAGCUCAGGUCACAUUAACAUGCUGGUAUGGGAUGGGGAUUCCACUGGCUCUACUAGCCCUCCGCUGCCAGCGGUCAGGGAUGCUGGUGCCUUGGUCUUUGACUGGGGCAGAGAGCCGAUCAUAGAUUUAGCGAUGGACUCACUCAGCGCUUUCCUGUACUGGACCACACAGCACACGGUGGAAUGUUCCAGAUUAGACGGGGAGAAGCACCUGAUUCUGCAAGAGCUGAGCAUCUUUUCUGGGGAAAAGGUGGCAGGUGUCACCACAGACCUGACUGAGGGACAGCUUUACUGGCUUGUGCAGGACGAGUCCCACCUGAACCUGUUCAGGGCGGCUCUGCUGAGUGACAGGGCUAUGGAUGUCUCUGUGACAGAGCUGGUGGGCUGGAGCACCUCUGGGAUCUCCGCCCACUCUCUGAUGCACUACAGCGGCCGUCUCCUCUGGUUGGAUGGGAACAGAACAGUCGCCCUACAGGAAGUGACCCAACGCAGGAGUAUUCCUCUCUCCACCAAUCACAAGCUGACUGCUUUCAGCGUACUGCAGUCCACCCUCAAACCUCUUCCAGAUGGGUUUUUGUCUCCACCUAUUGUGAUACCCCAGGCUGUCUCAGAGAAAUCCAUCCAUGUUGAAGGGAACCACAGUGCAUUCUGGGUCCUCUGGGAGCCCAGCCGCAAUGUUGAGUACGGGGAGAUCUUCUACUGUGUGGAGUCUGAUGUUCUACAUCAGCUUGGCCGGGGCAAGAAGAGUCACCCUGGCCAGGUUUGCCAUCGGUCAAACGUGUUCUCUGAAGCGGGUUUGGAAGUGACGGGCUUGCCUCCAUACACUGAGUUUGACAUUAAAAUCACUCCCUACACAUACUGGGCCAGGGGGGACCCAACGUCCUCGAUAUUGCGCUCACCUGAGGCAGUUCAGGUGGAGUUUCGAUGGGAUGCACCACAAAACGAAAAUGGAGUCAUUGUGAAAUACGUGGUGUAUUACAUCAUGCUCAACUCCAGCGAUGUCAGCCCCACUCCCAGCGAAUGGGAGACGGAGGUGGUGUCACCCUCUGUGAUGUCACACAGAGUCAAUGGUGUGACGGGCGGCUUGGACGUUCACUUUCAGGGAGGCCCACAGCUGUUUGUCGUUGACCUGGAGCGGAGUGACAGAACCCUGGACCCCAUCCUCACCCAUCUGAACAACACUAAUGCCACUGUGCACACUGUCGCCACCUACCCACUCCUGAGCCGCGUGUACGUGCUGGAACGUGCCGUGCCGCAGAACAGAAUCGUGGUUCUGGAUGCUUCCGUGGAGCGGGGGAGAGAGUGCCAAAGUGAAUCCAUCACACUUAAAGGAUUACAGAAGUUAACUUCCUAUGUGAUACAAAUAUCUGCAAGGAAUCAUUAUGGUGGCUUUGAGGGACAUCUUGGCGAAGCUGCUAUUGGCUCAACAGUGUGCGGAACUGAAGUCCCGGGUAAACCAGGAGUCCCUCGGGUCCUGAUGGAUGGACAGACGGUGGAGUGGAAAGGAGCGGCAGACAAUGGCUGCAACAUCACCUAUUACAUCCUGCAGGCCAGGUGUGCUGGAGCGUGGCACAUAGUGGGGUCAGUGGGAGAGAAGGUGCCCCCUGAGAGGGAGCCUGUGGGUGAGGCAUGGCAGCUGACCCACAAUGCCUCCUGCAGUCAUAGCAUCUGCUCCUGGAGAGCAGAGGGCCGCUCAGGGACGUUUCUGCUCCGGGUAGCAGCGGCUAACAUGCACGGCCUCGGAGAGUAUGGUGACAGCAGCGAGGCCGUCCAGCUCAACGGGAAUGUUUCAGGGAAUUCCUCGAAUGCAGACACUAUCACAAUUAUUACCUCAGUCAUUGGCGCUCUUUUGGUUCUGACAGGGGCAGUUUUGUUUGUUCAAUACUGGCGGAGAUCAAAGACAAUGAAGAAAGAUUGCUCCAGCACCCUGACCGUCUCUCUGGGUCCAGAUGAGGAACUGGAAGGACUCAGAGGCUUGGUGGGGCUGCAGAAUGCGUGCUAUGCUAUCAGCCCCCUCCCCAUCCACGGUGAGACAGGUCCCCUGCCCGUGUUUCCACGGGAACGGCUAAAGCUGCGGAGCUUGCUGGGCAGCGGUGCUUUUGGGGAAGUUUACGAGGGUGUCACCGUGGGCAACCCCUCUGAGAAAGUGUCCCAAGAGACCAGAGUGGCAGUGAAGACUCUGAGGAAAGGUGCUACAGACCAUGAAAAGGCAGAAUUCCUGAAGGAGGCUCACCUGAUGAGUCAGUUCGAUCACCCCAACAUUCUGCGCCUGCUGGGCGUGUGUCUGCUGAACGAGCCGCAGUACCUGAUCCUGGAGCUGAUGGAGGGGGGAGACCUGCGCUCCUACCUGCAGGGAGCUCGCGGCUCCGCGAACCACCCUGCCCAGCUGAGUCUCACAGACCUGCUGAAUAUCUGCCUCCACACGGCCAGAGGCUGCGCCUAUCUGGAGAAGAUGCACUUUGUCCACAGGGACCUGGCAGCCAGGAACUGCCUGGUGUCGGUUAGGGGCUAUUCAGACCCCGAGAGAGUAGUGAAGAUUGGAGAUUUUGGCCUGGCCCGCGAUGUCUACAAAAAUGACUACUACAGGAAGAGGGGGGAGGGGCUUCUGCCAGUCCGCUGGAUGUCCCCGGAGAGCCUGUCUGACGGGGUCUUCACCAGACAUUCGGACGUCUGGGCCUUUGGGGUCCUGCUGUGGGAGACUGCCACAUUAGGAAAGCAGCCUUACCCAGCCUACUCUAACCUGGAGGUGCUUCACCAUGUCAGCACAGGGGGGCGGCUCCCAGCUCCCGCUGACUGCCCCCAGAGUCUGUAUGAGCUGAUGCUGAAAUGCUGGCACACGGAGCCCGGUGAACGGCCGAGUUUUCGCAGCCUUCAAGAGCGUCUGGGGCAGCUGCAGGAGUCUGCAGCUCACCUCUGCCACAGCCAGGACACCCUAACAGGACACAUAAAUCUGGCCUACGUAGAAGAUGAUGAGGAGCACUGUGUUGUGGAUGAGGAUGAGAGUCCAGGGGCCGGCCUGACUCAGGUGCGCAGCGAGGAUGGACUCAAUUACCUGAUGUUCAGUAACCAGGGUUCGGAUUCGGAGGAGGAUCAGUGUGACUCCACAUCCAGGACCUCCUGA